UUCUCUGCCCGGCUUUGAUCUCUGCUUAACAACAGUAACGUCACACGGACUACAGGGGAGUUUUGUUGGAAGUUGCAAAGUCCUAGAGCCUCCAGAGGGCUGUCGGCGCAGUAGCAGCUAGCAGCAGCGUCCGCGCGCUCCGGCGAGGGGCACAGCAGGAGCUAGAGCCGAGCGCGGACCCAGCCCCGGACCCACCGCCGCCCCAGGCCGCCUAGCCGAGCCCCAGCCAUGGCACACCAGCUCCUGUGCUGCGAGAUGGAGACCAUCCGCCGGGCGUACCCCGAUGCCAACCUCCUCAACGACCGGGUGCUGCGGGCCAUGCUCAAGGCGGAGGAGACCUGCGCGCCCUCGGUGUCCUACUUCAAGUGUGUGCAGAAGGAGAUCCUGCCGUCCAUGCGGAAGAUCGUAGCCACCUGGAUGCUGGAGGUCUGCGAGGAGCAAAAGUGCGAGGAGGAGGUCUUCCCGCUGGCCAUGAACUACCUGGACCGCUUCCUGUCGCUGGAGCCCGUGAAAAAGAGCCGCCUGCAGCUGCUGGGGGCCACCUGCAUGUUCGUCGCCUCGAAGAUGAAGGAGACCAUCCCGCUGACGGCCGAGAAGCUGUGCAUCUACACUGACAACUCCAUUCGGCCCGACGAGCUGCUGCAAAUGGAGCUGGUCUUGGUGAACAAACUCAAGUGGAACCUGGCUGCCACGACCCCGCACGACUUCAUUGAACACUUCCUCUCCAAAAUGCCGGUGGUCGAGGAGAACAAACAGAUCAUCCGCAAACACGCGCAGACCUUCGUUGCCCUCUGUGCCACAGAUGUGAAGUUCAUUUCCAACCCGCCCUCCAUGGUGGCUGCCGGGAGCGUGGUGGCCGCGGUGCAAGGCCUGCACCUGGGAAGCGCCAACAGCUUCCUGUCCUAUCACCGCCUGACGCGGUUCCUCUCCAAAGUGAUCAGGUGUGACCCGGACUGCCUCCGCGCCUGCCAGGAGCAGAUCGAAGCCCUCCUGGAGUCCAGCCUGCGCCAGGCCCAGCAGCAGAACUUGGACCCCAAGGCCGCGGAGGAGGAGGAGGAGGAGGAGGAGGUGGACCUGGCCUGCACGCCCACCGACGUGCGUGACGUGGACAUUUGAGGGCGCCGCGGCGGGGGAGGGGCCGGCCCGGGCUCCGCGGACAGAGCCGCUCAGGCCCGGCCGCCGUCGGAAGGCAGCCCGCCCCUCGGUGUCUUGGUGUUUUCCUUUGCUCUUUCUCCCUUCUGUCUCUGAGUUAAGCAAAAGAAAAGAAACGUCCCC